AUGUCCUCCUUUGGCCCAACGUUCGUUGUCGAAUCCCGCGAUGGACACGUCCACGACCAUACGGCCAUCCUCCUCCACGGCCGUGGCAGCACCGGUGAGGAGUUUGCCGAGGAACUGUUUGCGACGACUCUGUCGGACGGCCAAAAACCCAGCCUCGCCGACCGCCUGCCUUCGUGGCGCUGGGUCUUCCCGUCAUCACCCAGCACAUGGAAUGCCACAUUUGAGGAGUGGAUGCCCGCAUGGUUCGAGGCACACUCGUUGGCAGACCCGACGGCGCGGCAGGAUCUCCAGCAGAGUGGUCUACGCGCGUCCGCACAGCAUGUCGAGACGAUUGUCGAGGAUGAGAUUCGGCGGCUCCAGACGAUCGAGGCCGGUGGUUCAGAUGCCCAUUCACGGGUUGUGCUCGGCGGCAUCAGUCUCGGCGGUGCCGUUGCCUUGUGGACGUUGCUGAGCACAAAGCAGCCCGAACGGCCGCUGGGCGGAUUUGCGGUAGUGAGCACAUGGCUGCCAUUUGCAAGCGAGAUCACAAAGUACCUUGGUGACGAAGCUACCGCCGAGGUAAAGAUUUCUCAGACAGACGACGGCAAGCCCGUUGAGCCACUUGUAUUUGUACAAAUUGCCAUGGCGCCGCUGCGGAAACACAUAAAAGAACGCCCAGCGGCCCUUGCGUUGGACCAAAACACAAGCACCAUUCUCACUGCGCCGGUGUUCCUUGGCCAUGGGCGAGACGACGCAUACGUAGACAUGGAGCUGGGGCGACAGGCACAUAAACUGCUGGUGAAUGUGGGAUUCACUUCGGUAGAGUGGCACGACUACGAAGGGGCCGAGCAGGAGGGACAUUGGCUGAAAGAGCCAGAGGAGAUGGACGACCUUGCCCGCUUCCUCGAAGCAGUGCACAAUCGAAUACGUGAUGGUGUUUUAUGA